UUUAACCAUUCUUGAUUGAUCUUCAAUGUUUUUAAGUUUUCCAUUAUAACACAAUUUAAAUAAACACAAAAUGCGUUUAGAAAAGUGUUAUUUCUGUUCAUCGACUGUCUGGCCAGGACAUGGGAUAGCAUUUGUGCGAAAUGACAGCAAGGUAUUUCGAUUCUGUCGAGCAAAAUGUCAUAAAGCAUUCAAAAGAAAACGCAAUCCAAGAAAAGUUCGAUGGACCAAAGCUUUCAGAAAGGCUUCUGGCAAAGAACUAGCUGUUGAUGCAACGUUCGAGUUUGAAAAGAAACGUGACAUUCCAGUAAGAUACUCAAAUGAGAAUGUAAAGCAAACUGUCAAGGCAAUGAAGAGGAUAUCAGAAAUCCAGGAGAAACGGCAGAAACAGUUCAUUAAGAAUAGAUUAAAAACUAGCAAAAAGUUAUUAGAUGAAGCUGAUUACAAAGAAGUACAAAUGAAUAUCAACUUGAUCAAACCAAAGCCAGCCUUAAAGAAGACGGCUGGACAGAAAAUCUCCCAAGUCAUGAAAGAUGUUGAGAAAAUGGAAAUGGAUGAUUAAAUUUUAUUCAAUGAUAAAUGAUUUAUUUUUUUGAAUGAAGUUUGUUAAAAAUAAUGAGUUAGUCAUGAGGAUGAGCUGAUUUGCUAUUUUUAAAAUUUUAAAACUGCUGUGAAGUUUUUAUGCAAAGAUUGCAGGUGAAACAUAAUUCCCAUAUGUUACUCAAAAUUAUUCUUCAUUGCAAAAUAUUGUCAAAAUAUUAACAUUGCCCUUCAUUGUUCAAUAUUGUUCAACAAUGUCCUACAUUACAAAAUACUUGUACCACGACUUGUA